CCCUCCCGAGUCUCUAAAUACAAGCCACAAUUUGCUUCACGUGUUUGACGGGUCCAUCCAGAUCAAGCCAAGGCCUGAUUGCGAGGUCCAAGUUCGAUCGAAACCCGCCCACCAUGACAGAAAAAGAGGAUCCAGGUAGCAGCUCCGGUUCGGAAGUGGACGAUUCGGGCCAAAUGACGCUCCAAGAUAUUGAUGUCGAUUCGGACGAAGAGUUACAAGAGGCCUUCGCUGCGGGUCUGAUCCAGCCGGGUAUGAAUACCAUGUACGAAAAGAAAGCGAAUCGACCACGGAUCAAUAACACGGUGGGCUUGAAUCAAAAAUUGGCCGAACUCGAGGUGAAGCUGCCGUGGAUCGAGCGAUUGGAUCUGGUCAAUAAAUUGGCGCCCUUGGCUCCCGAAUUGGCCUUUCAAGAAAAUCAACAUCUCAAGGCCCGAGAAAAGGUUUUGAAACAGGCCAAAGUUACCGCUGGGAUUGAACGCGAUGCAGUCCAUAAUGACUUCAAACGAGAACUGCUGUUCUAUCGUCAAGCUCAAGCUGCGGUCCUGGAGGCAAUUCCAAGGCUGAAAAGCAUGGGGAUCAAGACCAAAAGGCCGGAAGAUUACUUUGCCCAGAUGGCCAAGACCGAUGAGCACAUGCAAAAGAUCCGAGAGAAGAUCGUGUCUAAGCAAUUGACCGAGGAGCGAAUGGACAAGAUACGCAAAUUGCGCGAAUUGAAAAAGUUCGGAAAGAAGGUCCAAAUCGAGGUUCAACAAAAGCGACAAAAGGAGAAGACUGACAUGUUGAAUCAGGUGAAGAAGUUCCGGAAAGGCCAAACAGACUCCAUCGACUUCCUCAAAGACCUUGAAGAUGAAGGUGGGAAGAAGAAAGGAGGCAAGAACGCUCAAAAAAGUGGACCCGGGGGCGGGAGUGGUCCCAUGAACAAUAAGCGAAUGCUUGAGAAGCGGAAAGUCAAGGACAAGAAGUUCGGCUUUGGAGGCAAGAAGAAAGGAACCAAGGCCAAUACGAAAGAUAGUGUCAACGAUGUGUCUGGGUUUAAGCGAUUCAAAAAGCCCGCCGCUGGAGGAAUGAAAGGAGGAGCCAAGCGGUUGGGCAAAGCCAGGCGGAAAGUGGACAAGAAUAAAAGGAAAUGAAUACAUAUCCUGUUGAAUAAUACGCGUGUUGAAAA